AUGGCGGCCUCCAUGUUGAGUAGGCAACUGAGCCGCCUUUCUGUUAUUUCGCCCUUCAAAGGGACCUACGGAGUUCAGGUUACCCACAAGAAUCUCUGUACCAAAGCCCCUCCUGAGGAAGAUACUUCACAUGAGGUUCCCAUUUCCCCUUAUCAAGAUGAACCCUGGAAAUACCUGGAUUCAGAAGAAUACCAGGAACGCUAUGGAUCUAAUCCAGUAUGGGCCAACUACCGACGCAACCACAAAGGUGGAAUACCUCAACAGAGGACCCGAAAGAUGUGUAUUCGAAAAAAUAAGGUUGCUGGGAACCCUUGCCCCAUCUGCAGGGAUCACAAGCUGCACGUCGACUUUAGGAACGUGAAGCUCUUGGAACAAUUCAUCUGCGCCCACACUGGUAUCAUUUUCCAUGCUCCUUAUACAGGAGUCUGUAUGAAGCAACACAAGAAGUUGACGCAGGCCAUCCAGAAAGCCAGAGAUCAUGGUCUCCUCAGUUACCACAUUCCUCAGGUUGAACCCCGGGACCUUGACUUCAGUACCUCUCAUGGAGCUGUUAGUACUACUCCACCAGCACCCGCACUGGUUUCAGGUGACCCUUGGUACCCUUGGUAUGCCUGGACACAGCCACCAGAGAGAGAGCUGUCCCGCCUUCGUCGGCUCUAUCAGGGUCAUCUCCGAGAGGAGAGUGGGCCCCCUCCUGAGAAAAUGCCACAGUUGCCUGUCACACCCUCAGCUGAAGCUUCUACCCCUGAGCAGACAAGUUCCCAAAGUACUCCUUAAGCACAAUAAAGUGAAAAGCAAGCCUACAUGGUUAGGAGAUCAUGACUACAAAUUCCUUGAUGAAAAUCACUCUGCAAAGUUGUGUUUGUGACUGUCACCUCUUGGCCAGAAAAAGUAAAUGAUUGUUAGUGAAAGGGAAAAAUACACUGGGAUGGAGGGAGAGAGCACAGAUGUGUGGGAACCCCCAAUUCUGAUACGUUGUAAAUAGAUGGUCUAAAUAAACACUUGGAGCAUGUCAUACUGUAAAAAAAAAAAAAAAAA